CGGCGUGCGGGUGUGCGGGAGCCGGGCACCAGGGGAUCGGGCCGAGAGCGAGGAGCGCGGCAUGGAGCACCGGGCAGCCUGCGCCUGCCUGGCCCUGCUGUGGGGCUGUGCGUUGGCGGUGGCCUCAGCGGCGCAGGGCAAGGAAGUUGUUCUGUUGGAUUUUGAGGCAGCAAAAGGGGAACUUGGCUGGCUCACACACCCCUAUGGCAAAGGGUGGGAUUUGAUGCAGAACAUCAUGGAGGACAAGCCCAUCUACAUGUACUCUGUGUGCAAUGUGGUGGCUGGCGACCAGGACAACUGGCUCCGAACCAACUGGGUGUACCGCGAUGAGGCCGAGCGUAUCUUCAUUGAGCUCAAGUUCACGGUGCGUGACUGCAACAGCUUCCCGGGUGGCGCCAGCUCCUGCAAGGAGACCUUCAACCUUUAUUAUGCCGAGUCGGAUGUGGACUAUGGCACCAACUUUCAGAAGCGCCAGUUCACCAAGAUAGACACCAUUGCUCCCGAUGAGAUCACAGUCAGCAGCGACUUCGAGGCUCGUCAUGUAAAGCUGAACGUGGAGGAGCGCUCCGUGGGGCCGCUCAAGCGCAAAGGUUUCUACCUGGCCUUCCAGGACAUCGGCGCCUGUGUGGCACUGCUCUCGGUCCGUGUCUACUACAAAAAGUGCCCUGAGCUGCUGCAGGGCCUGGCACACUUCCCUGAGACCAUCGCAGGGUCUGAAGCACCCUCCCUGGCCACGGUGGCUGGCAGCUGUGUGGCCCGUGCUGUGGUGCCCCCCGGGGGUGAAGAGCCACGCAUGCACUGUACGGUGGAUGGCGAGUGGCUGGUGCCCAUUGGGCAGUGUCUGUGCCAGGCAGGCUAUGAGAAGGUGGAGGACAGCUGCCAGGCCUGUUCACCAGGAUUCUUUAAGUCCGAGGUGUCUGAGAGCUCCUGCCUGGUGUGUCCUGCACACACACUGCCAUCCCUCGAGGGUGCCAUCUCCUGUGAGUGUGAGGAAGGGUACUUCCGGGCACCUGAGGACCUGUUGUCGAUGCCUUGCACACGCCCACCCUCUGCCCCGCACUACCUCACGGCUGUGGGCAUGGGUGCCCAAGUGGAGCUGCGCUGGACGCCCCCCCAGGACAGUGGAGGCCGCGAGGACAUCUUCUACAGUGUUACCUGCGAGCAGUGCUGGCCUGAGUCAGGCGAGUGUGGGCCCUGCGAGGCCAGCCUGCACUACUCAGAGUCCCCUCAUGCGCUGACCCGCACCAGUGUGACAGUCAGUGACCUGGAACCCCAUAUGAACUACACCUUCACUGUUGAGGCCCGCAACGGGGUCUCAAGCCUGGUGACAAGCCGCAGCUUUCGCACUGCCAGUGUCAGCAUCAACCAGACAGAGCCCCCCAAGGUGAGGCUGGAGGGCCGUAGCACCACCUCGCUGAGUGUCACCUGGAGCAUCCCUGUACCUCAGCAGAGCCGAGUGUGGAAGUAUGAAGUCACCUACCGCAAGAAGGGAGACGCCAACAGCUACAAUGUGCGGCGCACUGAAGGCUUCUCUGUGAUCCUGGAAGACCUAGCUCCCGACACCGUCUACCUGGUCCAGGUGCAGGCACUGACACAGGAGGGCCAGGGGGCCGGCAGCAAGAUGCACGAGUUCCAGACGCUAUCCACGGAAGGAUCUGGCAAUGUGGCAGUGAUUGGUGGAGUGGCUGUUGCAAUUUUCCUGCUUCUGGUGCUGGCAGGAGUCGGUUUCUUCAUUCACCGCAGGAGGAGGAACCUACGAGCUCGCCAGUCCUCAGAGGAUGUCUACUUUUCCAAAUCAGAGCAACUAAAGCCCCUAAAGACAUACGUGGACCCCCACACGUAUGAAGACCCUAACCAGGCUGUGCUCAAGUUCACCACUGAGAUUCAUCCAUCCUGCGUCACUCGGCAGAAGGUGAUUGGAGCAGGAGAGUUUGGGGAGGUGUACAAGGGGACACUGAAGGCAUCUUCGGGGAAGAAAGAGGUGCCCGUGGCCAUCAAGACGCUGAAAGCGGGCUACACGGAGAAGCAGCGGGUGGACUUCCUGAGCGAGGCUAGCAUCAUGGGCCAGUUCAGCCAUCACAACAUCAUCCGCCUGGAGGGCGUGGUCUCCAAAUACAAACCUAUGAUGAUCAUCACGGAAUACAUGGAGAAUGGAGCCCUGGACAAGUUCCUUCGGGAGAAGGAUGGCGAGUUCAGUGUGCUGCAGCUGGUAGGCAUGCUUCGGGGCAUCGCGUCCGGCAUGAAGUACCUGGCGAAUAUGAACUACGUCCACCGCGACCUGGCCGCACGCAACAUCCUCGUCAACAGCAACCUGGUGUGCAAGGUGUCCGACUUCGGCCUGUCCCGCGUGCUAGAGGACGACCCCGAGGCCACCUAUACCACCAGUGGUGGCAAGAUUCCCAUCCGUUGGACAGCACCAGAGGCCAUUUCCUACCGCAAGUUCACCUCGGCCAGUGAUGUAUGGAGCUAUGGCAUUGUCAUGUGGGAAGUGAUGACAUAUGGCGAGCGGCCCUACUGGGAGCUGUCCAACCACGAGGUGAUGAAAGCCAUCAAUGAAGGCUUCCGGCUCCCCACACCCAUGGACUGCCCCUCUGCCAUCUACCAACUUAUGAUGCAGUGUUGGCAGCAGGAGCGUGCUCGCCGCCCCAAGUUUGCUGACAUCGUCAGCAUCCUCGACAAGCUCAUCCGAGCCCCCGACUCCCUUAAGACCUUGGCUGACUUUGACCCCCGGGUGUCCAUUCGGCUGCCCAGCACCAGUGGCUCGGAGGGGGUGCCUUUCCGCACAGUCGAGUGGCUGGAGUCAAUCAAGAUGCAGCAGUACACAGAGCACUUCAUGGCGGCUGGCUACACAGCCAUCGAGAAGGUGGUACAGAUGAGCAACGAUGACAUCAAGAGGAUUGGGGUACGGCUGCCCGGCCACCAGAAACGCAUUGCCUACAGCCUGCUGGGACUCAAAGACCAGGUGAAUACAGUGGGGAUCCCCAUCUGAGCCCCAACAGGACCUCCCUUGGUCAAGAAUACUUGAAGAAACAAAGUGGCCUCCCUGCCAGCUCUGUGCCGGGCCCCGGGGACCUUAUUUAUUUCUAGUCGUUCCUUAAUGAUGCCAUCCUGAUGCCUCUGCUGCGGGUCUUGGAUGACACCCUGACUUGAACUGAGGAGACCCUCAGAGAUGCCGGGCCAAGGACUCUUCUGCAAAGAACCCAGCCAAGCACUUAGCAGGCACGCAUUGUGUCUGUUCCCAGCACCCCCCGCCCCCAGUGCAGGAAUACCGCCAAGGCCUUUGGACAUCCAUGAGGGACUUUUCCAAACUGACCUCCCCCUUUGCCUUCUCUCGCAAGAAGCCAUCUUGAGAGUUGGGGUGUCAGUCGAUGGCCAUGAGAACAGGAUACCUCAAGCCCCACCCCUCUAAGAGAGCAAAUUGUGAACUUGGCUGGGGGGAGACCCACAGUGAUGCUCCCAAUCUCUAGUGACUAGUGCCGCUCGCAGAACCCCAGCCCUGUCCUCAGCCCUAACAGGACAAUCUCCUGCUUUCCUGGGGCCCUCUCAGGACGUUUGGUUGUGUUGAGGUUUUUAAAAAAUAUAUAUUUUGUACUUUGUGGAGAGAAUGAGUGUGUGGCAGGGCCCCGCCAGGGCCGGGGGUAGCGGAGGCCCUGUGUAAGACAUUCCUGGGCUGGGUGGGGGCUUUGGCUGCAGGAGAUUCCACCCCGCCAGGCCACCCUAUCAUUCCCUUAUUUAGACGACAUUCACUACUCUGUCAGUGUUA